AUGCCCUACGACUCGCAAAUCUCCUUUACCCUCGACACAAUAUGUCCCUGGACCUACCUCGCCCGCCGCCGCCUCUCCCGCGCCCUCUCCCAAGUCCGCUCCUCCCAUCCCGACAGCCCCGUGAAAUUCCACAUCAAGUUCUUUCCGUACCAGCUCUACCCCGAGGCCUCAAAAGAGGGCGAAGACAAGUACGAGUGGUAUAAAAGGUCGAAGUACGGCGACUCAGACGAGAAAAUGAAGAUGUACAUGGCGCUCAUGGGCGCGUAUGGGAAGGACGAGGGCAUCGCGUUUAGGUUUGGCGGCACGGUGGCGAAUACGUUGGAUGCGCAUCGCGUUAUUCAGCAUUUUCAGGAAGAGAAGGAGGAGGAGGUUGCGGAGAAGGUCGUGGACUCAUUGUACAGCCAGUAUUUCGAAAACGAGAAACAUCCUUCGUCGGCGGAGACGCUACUCAAGGCGACGGCGGAUGCGGGCAUAUCGGAUGCGGAAGCAAGGGCUUUCAUUGAAGAUGAGUACGAGGGGCUUCAAGACGUUAAGAUGCUGAUAAGGGAACAAGCUGGCAAUGGUGUUGACGCGGUGCCAUAUGUCGUUAUUGAGGGAAAGAGGAGAGAUUUUACGCUGCAGGGUGCUAAAGAGGUGGAGGAAUAUGUGAAGACUUUGGAGCAAGUUAUAAAGGAGAGCUAG